UAUCGGGGUUUACCCAACAUGCCCCGCGGCUCUGGGAAGAUGAGGCCAAGAUGGCGACUAAAACAAGUAACGACGGCCCCCCUCCUUUUGAUUGUCCAUCAUGGGGAGGCAAGCCACCCGUCGGGCUCCACCUCGACGUGAUGAAGGGAGACAAACUGAUCGAGAAAUUGAUCAUAGACGAAAAGAAGUUCUACUUGUUUGGGAGGAAUCCAGACUGGUGCGACUUCACCAUCGACCAUCAGUCAUGCUCACGCGUCCAUGCCGCCCUCGUCUACCAUAAACAUUUGAAGAGGCUCUUUCUCAUAGAUCUCAACAGUACACAUGGUACUUUCCUUGGGCACAUCCGUCUUGAGGCGCACAAACCUCAGCAGGUUCCCAUCGACUCCACAAUAUCCUUUGGCGCUUCCACGCGGACUUACACCAUCCGAGAGAAACCCCAAAGCCAGGGAGGGGGAGGCACUGGAGACAUUAAGAUAGGAGAUGAAGAUGAGCUGAAAGGACUUCUCGGACUACCGGAGGAGGAGACUGAGCUGGAGAAUCUGACGGAGUUUAACACGGCUCACAACAAGCGCAUCUCCCUUUUGACCAUCGAAGAGGGCAACCUGGACAUCCAAAGGCCUAAGAGGAAGAGGAGAAACUCCAGAGUUACCUUCAAUGAGGAGGACUGCAUAAUCAAUCCAGAGGACAUCGACCCCUCGGUGGGACGUUUUAGGAAUAUGGUGCAGACCGCCGUCGUCCCUAUCAAGAAACGGCGCUCAGAAGGUCAAAACACGUUGGGUCUGGACAACUUUGCCUCAAAACGUAUGCACGGUUACUCCCUGAGCAGCGGCCUCUACGGUGACCUGCCUCCCACCAGCCAUGAGAACCAGCCCACAGGCGCUCCGGGUGGCGCCUCCAUGCAGGGCGGCCUCCCAUUGCCUUUCCCCAAUCCGGCACCCGAGGUGGACUUGGCACCAGAGGCACACCAGCCCCCCGUCAUGCUCAACCCCACUCCUGUCACGGCCCCCUACCUACCAGAGACCCUCAACGAGCCACGCAAAAAGAAGUACGCCAAAGAGGCGUGGCCGGGCAAGAAACCCACGCCGUCGCUACUCAUAUGACCGCUUUGCCCUGCAUGCUGACUCUCAGGUACCGGCGGGGAUGUUUCACUGAUACCAACCUGGCCGAGGUGGCGUCAAUCAGCCCUGACGCCACUUUUUAUUUCGUGUUGGAGGGCCUUCUGGUGCGGAGCAGUUGCAUACGAAACGAAACACCACAUGUUGAGCCAUGGUUAGAAAUGGUUGUGUGUCAGUAACGGGAUUUGUGUAUCAGACUAAUGUAACGGUCUUUAGUUGUUUUCCACUCUUUUCAGUGCUUUUGAAAACGCUAUUAAUAAAUGGCGAAAAGAGUAUUUUUAUACCCAGGAUUUUACUCUGACAGUCCUGUCAGUCAGGAGGAAAGAGAUCUGGUUAUUUUUAUUUUCUAACACAUUACAGUCGAUAUGUGAUGAAGAAAUUGUCUUGUGUCUUAAUGGAUUUGACCAAAUUCUAAUAAAUAUAUUGCAGUCGUUUUGGCAGCCAGUA